AACUUCACUGAUGACCCCCCCCCUCCAAUUGAUUGUAAACAAAGAUCGUGACGUCAUGCGUCUGUUCCCCUAGUUGUACUGUUUAUUAAGAGAAAUUAGCUUAAAAAUUUUGAGUUUAAGGUUUCAUUUUGCAAAUUAUGUUCGCCAGAAGUUUACCAGGUUAAAUGUAAAGAAAGCUUAACUUACACAAUGAUGACUAUUGAAAAAUCUAAUCAAAGAUUUAACUAUGUGUAUAGCUCCAAUUUAAAUCACAAUUUUCGAAUCAAAAUUGGUACAUUGGAGGGUAAACUUAAAAAACCCAGCUAUAAGGCACUUAUUGAUGAUCCACUCUUAAAGUUCUCUGGUGUGUUUGAAGAAAAAUGUUCUGAUCUAUAUGUGACUUGCCAAGUGUUUACAGAUAAUAAGCCUUUAGCAUUCCCAGUUCAAACCUCUUACAAGGCAUUCACAACUCGAUGGAACUGGAAUGAAUGGCUGUCAUUACCUGUCAAAUUUUCUGAACUUCCAAGAAAUGCCUUACUUGCAUUGACGGUGUGGGAUGUAUAUGGACCAAACCAAAGUUUACCAAUUGGAGGAGCAACCAUAUCUGUCUUUGGAAAAUAUGGAGCUCUUCGGCAAGGCAUGCAUGACCUACGCUUGUGGAAUAAUGUACAAGCUGAUGGAAACCUGAGAACUAAAACUCCAGGUAAAACUGAUUGCUCCAAAGAACAAAUGACAAAAUUGUCAAAGCUGACUAAGAAGCACAGAAAUGGUCACAUGAUCAAAGUUGACUGGCUUGACAGACUGACAUUUAGGGAAAUUGAAAUGAUAAAUGAAAAGGAAAAAAGGUCUUCAAAUUUUAUGUUCCUAAUGGUUGAGUUUCCUAGGAUAUACAAUGGUGGUGUUGAAUAUACUGUUGUAUAUUUUGAAGAGGACGGAGAACAUGUUUGCCAUGUCAACAAAGCUGGAAUUGUAAUGGUAUCUGAUCCUGAAAUAUCUGCUCAAAACCUAGUUGAAGCUAAGCAUCAUAAACUUGCAAGAAGUAUAAGAAGUGGACCAAGUGAUAGAGAUUUAAAACCAAAUGCUAUCACACGAGAUCAACUAACGGCUAUUAUGAAUUAUCCUCCCACUAAAGCAUUAUCAUCUGAAGAACAAGAUUUAGUAUGGAAGUUCAGAUUUUACCUAACUAACCAAAAGAAGGCCCUGACUAAAUUUUUGAAAUGUGUCAAUUGGAAAAUAUCAAGUGAAGAAAAACAAGCUUUGGAUUUGUUGGGUCGUUGGCAGGCCAUGGAUAUUGAGGAUGCACUAGAAUUACUCUCACCACAGUUUACCCACCCAAUUAUCAGAAAAUAUGCUGUAACACGUUUGAAGCAAGCUCCAGAUGAAGAUCUUUUAAUGUAUCUUUUGCAACUAGUUCAAGCCUUAAAGUACGAAAACUUUGAAGAAAUAAAGAAAUAUUUUGUCAGGACAAGAAGUUAUACUAGUGAAUCCUCAGAUAGACAGAGGACUAUUUCAACUGGUAAUGAAUCCGAAAAAUCUGCUUCGUCUCUCGAUUCAACUUCAACCAACCAGUCUGAACAAAUAUCUCUAGAAAGUGGCUUUCCGGCCCUUGGAAACAUAGAUAGUGAUCUAGCAACUUUCUUAAUUGAACGAGCUUGUGCCAAUGAAACUUUAGCAAACAAUUUUUACUGGUACCUGUUUAUUGAAGUUGAAGAGCAACCUGAUACUCUUGCAAAGGAUUAUAAGUAUAAAGAAAUGUAUCAGAUAGUUAUGAAACGAUUUAGUUUAGCAUUACAAAAUGGUAGUAUAGAGUAUAAAAAGCGAAGAGAUCUUCUUUUUCGGGGGAGAGAUUUUGUUGAAAAACUACUUAGUCUAUUGAAAACAGUUGCCCGAGAAAGUGGCGGACGUCGAAAAAAAACUGAAAGAUUGCAAGCUUUACUUUUAGAUAAGGAUAUUUACAAUAUAGACUUUUUAAAUUUUGAGCCUCUCCCCUUGCCUCUUGAUCCUUCAGUCAAGGUGAAAGGCAUUGUUCCAGAAAAAACGACACUUUUUAAAAGUGCCCUGAUGCCUACACGUCUCACAUUCCUAACUAAUGAUGAUAAGGAGUAUGUCACCAUUUUUAAACUGGGGGAUGACCUGCGACAGGACCAGUUAAUUUUACAAACCAUAUCACUUAUGGACAGACUGUUAAUGAAAGAAAAUUUAGACCUUAAGUUGACCCCAUAUAGUGUCCUUGCAUGUAGUAGUAAACAUGGAUUUGUACAGUACAUUGAGUCUGUAUCUGUUAAUUCAAUAUUGGAUGAGCAUAAAGAUUUACAGAGUUAUCUCAGAACCUAUGCUCCUUCAGAAAAUGGACCUUACGGAAUUUUGCAUGAGGUCAUGGAUAAUUAUGUUAAAUCAUGCGCUGGAUAUUGUGUUUUAACAUAUUUACUGGGCGUUGGUGAUAGGCAUCUGGACAAUCUUCUUUUGACAAAAAAUGGUAAACUGUUCCAUAUUGAUUUUGGUUACAUAUUGGGAAGAGAUCCAAAACCUUUGCCUCCACCUAUGAAACUUAGCAAAGAAAUGGUUGAAGCCAUGGGAGGUAUACACUCUGAUCAUUAUCAGGAAUUUCGUAAACAGUGCUAUACAUCCUUCCUCCAUUUGCGUAGACAUGCCAACUUGAUUUUAAAUUUAUUUUCUCUCAUGGUGGAUGCCAGUGUCCCAGAUAUUGCCUUGGAACCUGACAAAACUGUGAAAAAAGUGCAAGAUAAGUUUCGAUUAGAUCUACCAGAUGAAGAGGCUGUGCACUAUAUACAAAAUAUCAUUGAUGACAGUGUCACCGCUGUAAUGCCAGUCGUUGUUGAACAAAUACACAGGAUAGCCCAAUACUGGAGAAGAUAAAAGUACUAGAUUCAGCUUCAGACUUUUUGUGCCAUGUAAUUUAAACAAUGAUGUAUAAUUCAAUAUAUAUCUAUAUAUAAAUAUAUAUACAUAUGUACAAAAUAAUGUAAAGUUUUAUGCAAAAUGUAUUUUCCUAAAUAAAUGUUUACAUUAA